UAUUGUACGUAAUAUGUACGAAUGUUUAUGGGCACAGUGGAAAAACAUAUGAAAAUAGUAUUUAGUAACGAAUUUGGUAAAUGAAGGAAUAUCUGAUAAAAGUAAAUGUGUAUAAUAAUGCAGCUUGAACCGUGUAUGCGGAUAACGUUUCAAAUUCCUAAGGAUGCGGCGCAAAGGUUACGCCAAUUGGCUACCGAGGGCAAUGCGGCUGUGCGAGCCCUCGGUAUUCGUUCCGUACAAUUAGAAGGCGAUUCUGUGAUAUCACUGAAUAUUGGUGAACAGCAAAUUGAUGUCAAAACAACAGAUAAUAUAAUUGGCUUGGGUUCGCAGUCGUCAGGAACGUCUGCUAGUGAUGUUGGCAGUAACAAUGCGGAUUUCAGUGACUUAUCACAAUUGCUUACUUCGGGUAAUUUUCCCGCCUCCACUUCUUCUGGAAAUGGUUUUGUGCAGCAACAGCCACCACCGUUGCUUCAAACGCAACAACAAAACAACAUGGCACCAAAUGUUGCCUUUUCUAGUGGAAUAAUUGGAGAGGGGGCAGGUAUUUCGUUGCAACAGCAUCAGUUAUUGCAACAACGACGGAAUAUGAUGCUUGGAGGUCCAAGUACUAGUAACGCAGCUAUAAAACAACAGCAAACAGGUGUUUUUAAUCCGGUGCCCGCAGGAGGACAAAAUCAGUCCAUAUUCAAAUCACCCAACACUGUUUGUCCCAUGGAAGGCAAAAUACCGGUGCCACCUUCGUUGCAAAUGAGUAGCUCCAGUACGACAAGUGCAAGAGAAUUUCCGUUUGAAAGUAUGCGCCAGGCUCGGGUGUUGCAAGGACGGGACAACGCUUUGAAUGCCGUAGGGUCAGUAGGCACACCGCCGGGCUUAUCUUUAACGGCCGGAAAGCCUGCUAUGACGACCGUAUCUAGUGUACAGCAACAACAGUUAAUGAGUGGCUUGGGACCUCCACCUAACGUUGCGCUUAAAGUGAUAAAAAAUCCGCAAAGUGGUGAAUUAAUUACAACAACAGUGGCAGCGGGUUCGAGCAAAUCGCAGUUUUUGCAACCACCUCCUCCUCCGUAUCCAGGAAUGGGAGCUCCUGCUGUCAACUCUCCUGCCUCUUCUAUUCCAGCGUCAGUUGUUCCUCAGUUAGUGAAACCAGUACAGAAUUAUUUGCAUUCACGAGUCGCACCCCCGCCUUCGCCAUCACCAGCAACGGCGUCGAAUGUAGCUUCCGUUAGCAACAACAUUGCAAUGUCAUCACCUCUGCUAGUAAAUCUAUUGCAAAAUGACACAAGUUCUUCGUCAACUGCUCUACUAGGGAAUCAAAUGAAGACAUUGACGUCGCCGCAACAUCAACAACAACAGCAGCAGCCGAGCUUGAUACAGCAAACGUCUCCACUUAUGGCUGGUAUGAGUCCGCAACAACACCUAAUGAACUCUCCUUUGAGGUCCUCUUCAACUCCAAGUAGCGAUUUCAUGGUGCCGCAGACACAACAGACACAGCAAACGCAGAUACAACAGCAACACAGUGCCACAGGGUCCGGAAAUUCAGAAAAUGUUUUAAGCGUGCCUUCAUCACCUACUACUAAUGUGCUGCGCACUAUACAACAAACACAACAACAGCAGAACAUAUUAAGUUCGAGCAAUAACAACUUGUUUGUUCAACAGCAGCCGCAGCAACGUUUUCAACAGCAACAAGUAUCGCCUCAGCAAGCAAGUUUGUUACGUCAGCAACAAUUACAACGGCAGCAACAGCAAAUGCAUCCGAGCCAGCAACGCUUCUUAGCACAACAACAACAGUCACAACAGCAGCCGGGUCAAUUUCAACAGCAGCAAACCCAACUGCUGCAACAACAAACUGUGGCCGUUAAUUCCCUCUUGGCUCAGCAGCAAAUUCGCCAGAUGCGUGUCACUUCGGUACAAGCGCAACCACAGUCGCCGUUACAACAGCAAAGAUUGAUUGGCAUGGCAACGCAACAACAGCAGCAGCAACAACAAUUGCCGCAGCAAUUUAUGGCUGUUGCGUCUGGAGGGAUGUCACCAGCAGCAUCACAUUCGCCUGCUUCCAGUCAUCACUCAAUGCAUAGUCCCCACAUGACGUCACAGGCCCAUCAACAGCAGCUGCUUUCCCCCUCAACAACGCCUGCGCAAUCACCUCAUAAUCAGCUUGCACAGCCAUUGCUGCCUCCUCCUGCUGCCUCACCUGCCUUAACGCACAAUACCAAUAUGCAAACCUCUCACGUAGUACCUUCCUCCCCUUCGCUCUCAGCCGCUAAUGCCGCAGGUAGCAGUGUAAAUUUACCGCCUCCGCCCGACUACAACUCAGCAGCUGCCGCCUCAGUCUCUAGAUGGUCUGCAUCUAUCAAUAAACCCAUGGAUUCUGCCACAAAACGUAGCUUUCAAGAGUUUACACGUUAUCAGAUACAAUACAAUUUGCAGCAACAACAAAACCAACAGCACAGGCAGAUUAUUAAUGAAAUCGCCAAUUCUUUGCAUGGGGCUGCUGCCACACAACACGAGAGUUCGAUGAGUAGCUCAAACUCGGAAAUGAAAACGAGCAGUUCAGUUAUUCACGGUACUGCGUCGGCUCAAACUGGAGGUACUAGCGGCAGUACCUUAGAAAGUGGAACUGUAUGUGAUGAUCUGUCUGAUCCGUUAAUAACACUUUCCGAUUUGGAUGCCUUAACGACAAACGAUUUGGAUGCAUUGUUGCCCACCUUGAGCUGUGAUAUUGAUUCUACUUUGAGCCUCGAUGAUAAGAAUGAAUUAGAAUCGCUUUUACAAGAUGCAAAAGAUCUCGAUUUGGAUUUAAUAGAGGAAAAUUUAUCGGCGGUCGGUAUGGAUAUAGAUGAGACCGCUUCUUCCUUAUUAGGAGGAACCGAUGCAGAAAUGCCACCGAACGUAACGUUGAGUGUUGAUCAAUUAACUUUACACCAGUCGCAGCACCAGCAACCGCAACAGCAUCAAAUGAUACAGCAGAGCCAAAUCAUGCAGCAGCAACAACAGCAACAAAUGUUAGUGCAACACCGUCAACAGCAAGAGCAUCAACAACAGCAGCUACAAAUUCAACAGCAAAGUCAACUAAUGCAACAGCAGCAAAAACCGCAACAGCAAACUUUACAGCAACAACAACCGAUACAAGUUAACCAAAAUUCAGUGCCUCAGCAACAAAUGCAGCAGCAACAACAACAAUUUCUUAUGAAUUCAAAUCACUCACAACAGCAAGAAUUGCUUCCGCGGCAAAAUAUUAGUAAAGUUACACCGCCUGCAUCUAACAGUAGCACCAGUACUACAGGUAACUUAACUAGUACAAUUGCGACGACUUCGAUCCAGCCAAAACAAUUUUUGAUUAAUCCUUUAACUGGGGAAUUGGAACCUGGUCCCAGUGACGAUAGUGAAACAGAAGCCGAACAAGAGACCCAGCAUCGGUCAUCAAAGCAAGCACACAAUAACAGUAACGUGAGCAACUACACGCCAAACAAUAGUGCAAAUAGCAUUUACGAUUUGGUACCGAAUACAACGCAUUUCUCUGAGGAUUCCAAUUCAAAUUCUUGCGGCACAGGCAUUUCGAAAUUGUCCACAACAGAUCAUAAUAGUGGAGGUGGCGCUUUAACACCUCUUCUGUUGGGCACUGGAUCAGAUACAGAAAAGUCCCGAGACUCUUUGGUUUCUAACAAAUCUCAAAGAAAUAAAAAAUCUGGCAAAACACCAAUAGGAGUGUGCAAUAAAUUAGGUGAAGAAACCGAUUCACAACGCUUAACUACCAGUUCUCCUUCGGUAAAUGCGAUUAUUUCUGGUAAUGCGACGUCAACGGGUAACAAACGAUCCAAAACAAAUUUGUUACGUGAAAAAUUACAACAAGGAUUACGUGAAAAGAAAAGUAAAGAAGCAUCUACAUCAACGUCAGCAAAACCAAAGCGGGAACGAGCCAAAGCAGCUAAUAAGUCUAAAAUUGCAGCGGCGACGCCAACAGCAAGUCACAUUAGUGCGAGUGGUGCAGUGACAAAUAUGUUCAGCCCCGCGACGACAAGUAAAAAUGUAACCGGUUUGACGGUCACUUCAAGCUCUUCAGGUAUUGACGGUAAUUCUUCUGCAACUGCUACAACGACAACGACAGCUGAGAAAAUCAAACUACGAUUAAAAUUAGAAAAAUCGGAACCUGUUUCACCAGCAUAUAAAGUUGAAAUGAGCUUUGGUACGGAUAGCGACCCAAAUCAGCAGCAGCAGCAGCAGCAGCAGCAUCAAUCACAGUUAAACGCACAAAUAUUGGCGAGUAAUGUCAUGCAACAGCAAAUGCAACAGCAUAAACAAAUUUUCACGAAUCCAGCAACACAUCAAUCCCAGAUACAACAGCAAAUGGCUUCACAACAAUUUCAACAGCAGCAACAACAGUUUAGUAACUUCACAGUACCUCAACAAACUAUUGGUGGUGGCUUAUCUUCGCCGUCAGUAGGCGUUACUCCGGAUGAACCGCGAGUUCCGCCACUGCAUAUAAGUUUGCGCGGUGGUAAAAACUCUAUUGUUAUUAAAAAUAAUCGAAAGGAACGUAAAAAGCUUUCGAAUGCAAAUAACUCAAAUGAAUUGAGUGCCUCAGAUGAGAUCGAAUCUAAGUCAAGGGGCCAGUUGAAGCGGAACCAUUUGAUUACUGAUUCCAACAAUGUUAUUGACGAGGGCGUUUUACAUCAUAAACAAUCCAAAUUGCAUACGGCUACGAAUGUCUCAACCGCGCAACAACUGAAUGGAAUGCCUAAUUCCGAUAACAGGCUUAAAACAUCCAAUAAUCAUUCUGCAAUUGUAGCCGGAAAGAAUGGUCUUACUAUAAAUACAACAGAAGCGUUGAAGAAUCACCAUCAUUCUAUAAUGGAGAGCGUUACGUUAGGCUCUACGAAUAUAGGAACUGUCCCACAUAUGUCAGCUCAACAAUUAUUGCAGCCCAGUACGCAACAGCAACUGGCUAAGAUUACAACGUUGCCGAACAGCAUUACUCUUAGCACGAUAACACCGAACAGUGGAUCGGGAAUGACCACUCACACCAGCCAUGAAAGCAAUUUGAAUACCGCGCGAGUUUUGAAUAAUUUGCAGCUGAAACAUAACCUCAAAACGACAGCCACUAUUACGCCGAUAGGAGGUAAGCCUUUGACGAAAAGUCACAAGCCUCCGUCAUACCUAACGGCUGUGCAACAAUUACAAAUGCAGAAACAACAACAGCAACAAUUGGCGACCCUGUCGGAAAAGCAAACGCAGCAGCAAAUGAUAGCGGCCGCCGUUACCAUGCUACCGAGUGCUACUACAUUGAAGCGCGUAGAAAUAACAAAAGUAGAACGUAAAGACGUGAGCGGGAAAGUAAUUGAACAUGUACUCCUUAAAUCUAAUGAGCAAGUAGUAGCCACCAGUAAAAGUAAUACCACCAUUACAGCGUCACCGACUAGCAAUGCUAUUAAUAAUAAUAAUUCCAUGACAAAUAGCGGAGAUAAAACGUUAAACACCGAUACGGGGAAUCGUGAUAUGGUUAUGGGUAAAAAUGGCACGGAUAUCGGUGCUGAAUCAAUGAACGGUGUUACCUGCAAUAACACAACGAUAACAACCACUGCAACUACAGUCAUUACCGCAAUAUCCAGCAAUAAUGGUGGCAACAGUAGCAAUAAUGUAAUGAUAACACCCUCUAAUAAUGCAGUGCACAAUGCCAGUUGCACAGUCGUAUCGACAAUAAGGAACUCGCCAUCAAGUAAUGGCAAUGGCACCCCUGCGCAUCCGAACAGUAGUGGCAGCGGUGGCAAUAGUGGUGGAGGCGAAGAUAGUGGCAUAGAAUCAAUGGACGCUCUUUCGGAAAAAAGUCCACAUCAGGCGACUUCUUGCAGUCCUCAAGCUCUGCAACCGCAAUUGAGUACGGAGAAAAGCGUAGGUACAAUGACUGGUACAACCAAUAAACAAUUUAACAGUGCAGCAAAAAAUGCGGUCGAUAAUUUACCAGUAACUCAGGCGGAGCUUAGCAUUGCUGAUGAUGAGAUUGAAAAGGCUUUGGCUAAAAUGGAAGGUUUUGCCGACGACGAUAUUUGCAUGAAUGAUGAGGAUAAUAACAAAGGUGACAACUAUAAACAUGAACAAUCAAAACUUAAUGGUGACCAUAGAUUGAUAUUAGACGAACAUAUAAACACAGGUCUUUACAGUGUCGUCGGAGAUGAUGAUGAUGAUGAUGACGACGAUCUCAUAAAAAAUUUGACGGCCAGUAUUUUGGAGGAAGCAGCUGAAGGGGAAAAGGAAGCUGCCAAAGCAAAACUAGAGGCCGAAUUCAAUGAAAAAACUUCAUCAUUAUCAUCAAUUGUGGAAUUGUCGGUGAAUGAAGAAAGCAGAAUCAAAGAUAUUAUGGAUUCUACGUUAAUAAAAAGGGAAUUGGAAACCAAAGUGUCUGCGUUAGUUGGACUCGAUGACACAAUUAAGGUAACUACUGUACACAAUAACAACAACAACAAUAAUAAUUACAACAAAACAGCGGAAAAAAAAUCCGAAAGUAUUAUAAAAAAGGAAAGCCUAAAAGAUCGCACCACAGCAGCCAUGACCGACGCCAAACCGAAGGUAAAUGAUAAAGAAGUUAAGUCGGAACUAAUGGAUGCUGAGGGUGGUGGGCUUUCACCUAUAACUAUUGAAAUACCAAUUCAAGCAGAUAUUGAUUUACCGAGAGUGCGUACUAGAGCAAGUAGCCGUUUAGGUAGUCCGAUGGAUAUCGUUCCCAAAAUAAGCCCACCACUAGAAUCAACAAGCAAUAUUACAAACUUGCAAUCUGGCAAUAAGCACGUUGUAGGUACCAGAUCGACUGGUCAUAUAGAGCGCGCUAAUCUUGGACCAAAUGCGAAAUCUUCUAUCUCCAGCACAAACAUCACUGCCGGGACUAUUAUUAGUUCGGGAGGAAGCGCAGGUUUACAUCAUCAUGGCAAUAAACGUAAAAGAGAAGAAUCGGAAGCCGCCAAUAACGGGAACGGUGAGUUUAAUCAGGAUAUUAAACGUACUCGUAGCGGUAGUACAGGUGGCAAUGCAUCCGUUAAUGUUGAGAUUAGUGAUAGUGGGGCAAAUGAUAGGAAGUCUGAUAUAACUGAUCCGGCUGCAAAUGAAAAGGACGUUAACAAAAAAGCAGAGGAAUCUUCUGAUUCAGAUGAGCCUUUAAUUGAGGUGGCGGGUAAGGUCAGGAACUCUAAAGUAGGAAUUGCUUGCAGCAAUGAAUUGGGGCUGAAUACAAAUCAUCCAAAUAAUAACGCGACGAUAGUCACAACAGCUGGGGCAAUUAUCUUAGAUAAUACGGAAAAAGUGACUCGCAACAGUCGUACACAGCAACAGCACAGUAAAUUAUUAACAACUAAUACAACCGCAAGUACUGAAAUUGCAAGUACAACACCGGGUUUAGCAAAUUCCGUAGUAAAAAGUGCAAACAAAAAUUCUGUGGGGAGUGUCAGUUGCCAAGCAAAUCAUAACCCAGCGACUCCUUCUAACGGUACAGCCGUGUUAACAAAUGCCUGUGCCACAGUAGCGACGUCAACAGUACCACAUGCGACACGAGGUACCACCAGUAUCAAUCACUCAUCCGGUUCCGUCAAUGCCAAUAAUAAUAAUAAUAAUAAUAAUAAUAAUAAUAAUAAUAAUAAUAAUACUAACAAUAACAAUUCCGGUGAAACAGAAAAAAUAGGUACCCGCCGAAGCGUUAGAGCAUCUGCAGCAGCUAAUAAAAUUAUCUAUACACGUGGCGGAGCUAUGGGAGGCGUUCACAAUAAUACACAUUCACUGAACAGUACCGAAAAAACUUCAGGAACAACCAAAAGUAAUGCUGGCAUUAGUGCAGCAACGGAAACUGCGGCCGAGGCUCGAAGAAAAACACGAAGUGCGGUAAUAGGUGAAACUUUGCUAACUGAAGGACGUCGUAGAAGAGGCUCCAGAGACUAUAAGUGACCAAUGUCUUGCGCCUCGGCUGUGGGCACACAUGAAAUUACCGAUUGUAUUUCAAGCGAUGAAGACGCUGAUGAUGAUUACGAAUGUGUUG